UCAUCUAGUCCGUUAACUUUUAAACGGCAAGUGAGGGAAUGACUAGUCACAUAACAUGUUGAUAAGUUUAUGAGUACUUUGAAAGUUCAAUGGCUACUUGGAAACAUUCGAGAAAGUAGUGACAAUUUAGAUAUUUAAACUGCGUCCCACAACAAUCUUGAUUUAAUUGAAAAGCUAGAUAGGUAGAUAAACAAACAUGAAUAAUGGACGUGAAACUUGACAUGCAUUUCAUUUGCAGACGCUCAAUGACGUGAUUACUGGGAUAAUCAUAUUCGGAACCCGAUUAUACAUGCAAAAAAUGGAAGAAAAUUCAGGCAAAGCCAAAUGUACAGCACUUGUAUUACUUAACACUCGAGUCAUUGGAGGUUACACAUCAGUGAGUGAGAUGAUCAAACCUAAUGCAGAAAUGCCAUGGGGCAAUCGUUUUGCAUUCUUACAAGUUCCUAUUCCUAAAUUGACUGAUUCUGAGUUAAGCAACCCACUCAAAUUUGUCAAGAAAGCACGCCAACUGAUCAAAAGGCAAAAAAAUUCUGCAUCAGUUUUUCUAACCGGCCUGUUUCUCGACGCCAUCAGAAGAAUUAGAGGUCCUGAGGCAACGUCACGAUGCAUCCACAACACGUUGAAGAAUUCGAGCCUGACAAUAUCAAACAUGAUGGGUCCUAUGGAAAAAAUGGCUUUGGCUAAUCAGCCAGUUAAAGGAUUGUACUUCGUUGUGGCUGGGGCACCUCAGAGCCUUGAAGUAACCAUGGUGAGUUAUGUGGGAAAGCUGAGCAUUUCUAUCGGAGCGGAGAAAGAUUUCAUCGAUCCUGAUAAGUUCAAGUCAUGUAUCGAAUACGCCUUCGAGGCCAUUUCAAAAGCAGCAAAAGAAUCUCCUGCUCAAACAAAAGCGUAGGAGGCUUUAGUAUUAUUACACACAUACAGCUCAAGUUUCUUUCUUUACUUCCAAGUAAAAAGCUGAUUACAUGUGCUAAAUAAUUUGAGGUUGAACAUUGAUUCGACUAACAGUUAUCAUGUUCGAUCCAAUCAUUAUGAAAAUAUUGCUUGUAUAUGUCGGACUGGAUAAAAUUAAACCAGAUUAAAGAAGAUUUAUACACGUGGUUGAGUUUAUAUUA